AGGCCGCGGUGGGCGGGGCCUUCCUUUUUGCCUUCUCUUUUGAGUUCUGAGGGCGUCUCUGGAACUCGCCGCGCUCCGCUGUCAUGGCGGAGGACUCCUUAUGCCGCUACCGCUCCCCUCUGGUGUCGCGAUAUGCUAGUCCCGACAUGGCCUACAACUUCAGCGACAGGAAGAAAUUCUCGACCUGGCGGCGGUUGUGGCUCUACUUGGCCCAGGCGUCGAAGUCACUGGGCCUCGCCAUCACGGAUGAGCAAAUACAGGAAAUGGCAGCAAAUGUAGAUAACAUAGACUUCAAGAUGGCUGCAGACGAAGAGAAACGGCUUCGUCAUGAUGUCAUGGCUCAUGUACACACCUUUGCCCACUGUUGUCCUAAAGCUGCAGGAAUAAUUCACCUUGGAGCAACUUCCUGCUAUGUAGGGGAUAAUACGGAUCUGAUAGUCAUUCGAGAUGGAUUCAAUCUGCUUCUUCCCAAGCUUGCCAGAGUGAUAGGCCGUCUGGUAGACUUUGCAGAGAAAUAUGCCAACUUGCCUACUUUGGGCUUCACUCACUAUCAACCUGCACAGCUAACCACGGUGGGUAAGCGCUGUUGCAUGUGGAUCCAAGAUCUCUGCAUGGACCUCCACAACUUUGAGCGUGCGCGAGAUGAGUUGAGAUUUCGUGGUGUGAAAGGCACUACUGGAACCCAGGCCAGUUUCUUGCAGCUGUUUGAAGGAGAUCAUGACAAAGUGGAAGAGCUGGACAGACUGGUGACUGCAAUGGCAGGAUUUAAGCGGGCUUUUAUUGUUACAGGGCAGACAUACAGUCGUAAAGUAGAUAUUGAAGUCCUUUCUGUUCUGGCAAGUCUAGGAGCAUCCAUACAUAAGAUAUGUACUGAUAUUCGGCUUCUAGCCAACCUCAAAGAAAUAGAAGAACCCUUUGAAAAAGAGCAAAUCGGUUCAAGUGCCAUGGCUUAUAAACGGAAUCCCAUGCGUUCAGAACGCUGUUGCAGUUUAGCUCGUCACCUUAUGAUUUUGGUCAUGGAUCCCCUUCAGACAGCCUCUGUGCAGUGGUUAGAGCGUACUUUGGAUGACAGCGCGAACAGACGUGUGUGUCUGGCUGAAGCCUUCCUCACUGCUGACAUAAUACUUAGCACCCUGCAAAAUAUCUCUGAAGGUCUUGUGGUAUAUCCCAAGGUAAUUGCAAGACGUAUUCAGCAGGAACUGCCUUUCAUGUCCACAGAAAAUAUAAUCAUGGCUAUGGUUAAAGCAGGAGGCAAUCGCCAGGAUUGUCAUGAGAAGAUUCGGGUUCUGUCUCUGGAGGCAGCUGCUGUUGUGAAGGAAGAAGGGGGUGAUAAUGAUCUCAUUGAACGGAUUCGUGCUGAUCCCUAUUUCAGCCCUAUCAAAGAGCAGCUAGAAGCUCUUCUGGAGCCAACAUCAUUUACUGGACGUGCUUCUCAGCAGGUGGCAAGAUUCCUAAAAGAAGAGGUCCACCCAGCCUUGAUUCCUUAUCAAAACAAGAUGGGUGGAAAAAUUCAGCUAGCUCUUUGAAUUUCGCUUUCAUUUUGAUCAUAUAUGGGAUAAUAAAAUAUCUGCAAAAUGUGAA